AUGGGCCCAUCAACUACCAGCAGCAGCAGCAGCAGCAGAUGGCAUCUCCCUCUCUUCUUCCUCUACAUUCUCCUCCUCCACACCACAGGCCUAUACCUCUUCACCAAAGGCUUCCUCCUCACACGUCAAACCCUCGAUUUGAAAAGCAAUUGCUCCCAUCCUCCCAUUCCCAUCUCCAUCACCACCAACACUACUACAACCUGCUGGACACCCCCCACCUUCAGUAAAGCCAUCAUCCUCCUCAUCGACGCCCUCCGCUACGACUUCACCAUCCCCACCACCAACAACAAAACAUACCACAACGCCCUCACCACCCUCCACACCACAGCCCUCACCACACCCCACAAUGCCCUCCUCUACCCCUUCAUCGCCGACCCACCCACCACCACCCUCCAGCGCCUGAAAGCCCUCACGACCGGCACUCUGCCGACGUUCAUCGAAGCAGGGUCCAACUUCGCUGGCUCAGCAGUCACAGAAGAUAAUCUGAUAUCGCAACUCCACGACGCAGGGAAACGUCUCGUCCUGUUGGGCGAUGAUACCUGGAUGAAACUUUUCCCCGGAUACUUUGACCCAACCCUGUCACGUCCAUAUGAAUCGUUCCUAGUGGAGGAUUUACACACGGUUGAUGAUGGGGUGUAUGAGCAUUUGGUACCUUUGCUUAAAGGUAAGAAUGAGGAGUGGGACGUGAUCAUCGCCCAUUUCCUGGGUGUUGAUCACGUCGGACAUCGGUUUGGGCCGGGGCAUGAGAGCAUGAGAGAGAAGUUGGUUCAGAUGGAUGGGGUUAUUAGGGAAGUUAUGGAGAGGGUGGAUGAUGAGACGUUGCUGGUUGUUAUGGGGGAUCAUGGGAUGGAUGAGAAUGGGAAUCAUGGGGGUGAGGCGGCGGAUGAGGUACGGGCUGCGUUGUGGUUGUAUUCGACGAGGGAGGUUUGGGGGGUUGUUGAUGGUGAUGAUGGUGAUGGUGAUGUUACUGUUGUUGUGGGGAGAGAUAUGCCGCAGGUGGAUUUGGCAAGCACGUUGGCGUUGUUGAUGGGCGUGCCCGUGCCAUUUAGUAACUUGGGACGGCCGAUUGAGGAGGCGUUUGUUGGGAGGGACGGGAGGGAUUGGAGACGCUUGGUGGAGGUUAAUGCGUUGGUUGGGGCGCAGAUUCAGAGGUUUACGGUUGAGUAUCAGAGGUAUGGAUGGGAGGGGGUGGUUGGGUGGGAUAGAUGGGUUGAUGGUGAGGUGGAUUUUGGGGAUGAUGAGGCUUUGAGAGAGUAUUAUCAGAGGUUGAGGGGGUAUCAAGGUUGGAUGCUAGAGGGGUAUAAGCGUAUGUGGGCUCAGUUUGAUCCGCUGAAGAUGGUUGAGGGGCUGGUGGUUCUGUUGCUGAGUGUGGUGGUCCUGGUAUGCCCCCAGGUGGAUGGGAGGUCUGGCUUUAUGAAAUGGUCUGGGAUGGUAGUGGGGAUCGUGAUGGGAGUUGUUGCUGUGGUUGGUCAUGUUGCUUUGACUGACUUUGCUCAGGGUUCCCUCACGGAUGGAGUGAUUCUGGGCGCUGCCUUGGGCAGCGUCGUGUGGAAUAUGUGUCCGACUGGUUUGACUAUCUUGCGCAGGUGCUUUCCGGGGGGAGUUUGGAGCUGGCAGGCUGUGAUGUUCACACUACUGCUCGGCAUCGGAUUUGCUUCGAAUUCCUACACCAUCUGGGAGGACCGUGUGGUUUUGGUCUUUCUCUCGACAUUCGGGCUAUGCACUCUUGGCGCGUCAAGCCAUGCAAAAGGUGUACGUGAAGCGUCUUUCUCGGUGAUAUUCAUGCUUCUGAGUCGAGUCGUCUCGCUCAGUCGGGCUUGUCGCGAAGAGCAACUGCCAUUCUGCAGAACUUCAUUCUAUCGUUUGGAGAGCAGCUGGGCUUGGCAGUUAUCAAGCCCGGUCAUUACUGCCGUGGCUGUGUUAUACAUUACUCGACUAGCUCUGCGAGACUGCGCGGCUGGAAACCUGUUCUGGUUUGGACUCGGCAUACCAAGUGCGCUGCUGCUCACCACCGUCUUCAAUGCCCUAGAAACGGCAAGUAACAACGGCUGGCUGGCAGAAUUUCUCUCCGAUGACACCUCCAAAACUGUGCGCAUGACUGUUGCACGAAUAGUGCUAGUCAUUGUGUUUAUCGGGUUAGCAACUGCGUAUACGAACACUCCAAGACAUGGUCCACUCGAACGUCCACUCAUCUUCACGACAGCAAUACUCCUUACAGGCAUUCUCUCAAGUACCCCAACAGGCGGGCUGUCCUUGGCAAUCCUCUGCUAUCAGCUCAUCAGCCUCCGGCAUCUCAUCCCCAGUAACAGCUCCAUCAAACCCACCAUCGCGGCACUCCUCGGGACAUUACACUUCUUCAGCACUGGUCAUAACGUCACUUUAUCUAGCAUCCAAUGGAAAUCAGCCUACAUUCCAUUCCGGGAUACACAGUAUCCAUGGUCACCACUGCUGGUGACCAUCAAUACAUUCGCCGCGCCAAUCGUGGCAGCAUGCGCUGUGCCUCUUCUCCACUCGGGAAAAAAUCAGAGCCAAGCACGCUUCCUGGCCAUUCAUAGCACUGUAUACACUGUCUGGGCUGUUUUUACGGCAUUGUGGGCGUGUAUCCUCCGCCGUCAUCUGAUGCUCUUCGCCAUAUUCUGUCCGAGAUUCCUGAUGGCAGGGGCGUUGUUGGUCAUUGUUGACGCUCUUGCUUUGAUGUAUUCGGUAUUACUGACUACUGAGGCUGGCUUACGCGUGGAAAGAAGUAACAUAAACAGCUCGAUUUAG